AUAAUCAAGAUGAAUCAAACGGCGACAAACUUGGUAAUCAAGAUUAUUCUGAAAAUAAUACACAUCCAAAAGACUUCACGGCUGUUGAUUUAAAUGAACUCGACGAAAAUGUUUCUAAUAACAGACACGCAGUCUUAAAUGAAGACAAGAAUUUAUCCACAAGAUCGAAUAAUGGUUCCGAGAAAACAAUACAAAUACGAAUUAAAUCCAUUUUCGAAUUAUGGAAUUUUUUUAUUUCGUACUUAAACACGGGACUUUUACAA